AGUGUUUUCCACGCUAAUGUUCAGUAGAGAAGUGUCCCUUACACUGGCGGACAGUGGGAAGAAUGUUCCUUACAUUGGUGGUCAGUGGGAAGAAUGUUCCUUAUAUUGGUGGUCAGUGAUAAGAAUGUCCCCUUGCAUUGGUGGUCAGUGAAAAAAAAUGUCCCCUUAUAUUGGUGGUCAGUGAGAAGAAUGUCCUUAUAUUGUUGUCAGUGGAAAAAAUGGCCCUUACAUUGGUGAUCAGUGGGAAGAAUGUUCCUUACAUUUGUGGUCAAUGGCAAGAAUGCUCCUUACAUCAGUGGACAGUGCAAAGAAUGCUCUUUACAUUGGUAGUCAGAGGAAAGAAUGUCCUUAUAUUGGUGGUCAGUGAGAGGAAUGCUACUUACAUUGGCUGUCAAUGGGAAAAACGUUGCUAAUUUGGU